AUGAUAGGCACUGCAACUCGUUCGAGCAUUGCUUUAGGGCUCCACCUCCAAGUUGCACACGCGAAAUUCGAUGUUGAAUCCCUCGGAUCGCGAAGGAGGCUGUGGUGGUCGAUUUUUCUACUAGAGCACCUCCUUUCUAUGAUGACCGGCCGGGUAUCUUGUAUAGGAAAUAGUUCCUCUGCGCCUCCCCCUCGCCCAUCCGAAGGCUUAGAAUGUGUUCCAUCUGGGUUUGGCGAAUUUGGCGAAUCAAGCCACGAACGCUUGGUCAUCAACAGCUCCAUUCAAUGGACGAUCUUCCUGCAACAACCCGAAACCCAACAUGAAACGCUAAGGAGCAUGGCUCCCAACCAUUCUCUCUACUUCUUUUGCCUCAUUGACUUAAUCUUUAUCUCGCACACCGCAAUCAACCAUAUUUACAAUAACGUCCACGAUGAGACGAAACACGUCCGAAGACGUAUUGGCCUCUACAACACGAAGAUGGACCAGUGGUGCUCUGGUUUACCUAACUCUAUGCGUUUCCAAGAACUCAACGACAACCGGGCACGCAGUAACAUGAAUCCGUAUCAGGCCUCUCUGUCGCUGCAUUAUUACAGCGCCCGUAUUGUCCUGAACCGACCCUGUUUUUCUCUUCCUAAAUCAAAUGAGAAGACUGGCAUCAGAUCCUUUCGUACUCAUUUAGAGCGUGACAGCGCUUUGAUCUGCCUACGCUCCUCGCUAGCAAUGAUCUCUCUCCUUCCCGAUCACCCGGAUGCAGACUGGGCCUACCGUAUUGCCCCUUGGUGGACCUUCCUACAUUUCCUUGUUCAAUCCACCACAAUUUUGCUAUUGCAUGUGUCAGUCGAGGAUUUCAAAAUCUGUCAGACUGGUGAGGGCUCUGCCAAGUACACCGACUUACUUGCAGGUGUGAUCGCAGCGUCUGGAAAAGCAAUGAAUUGGCUGCUCUGUCUUAAAGGGACAGACGAAGCGGCUAAACGGGCUUUUGAACUGUUAAAGGACUGCAUCGAACGAAUAAAAGUACAGAAGGGAUCAAAUGUGAGCGACUUUUACGCGAAUCAUACAUUUGAAACUACUACUACGACUCCUCGUGCACAAAGUAACGUUUCAGGGGGUUUAGACGAUCGGGCAAGUCACCAGGACCACGAUAGCAUUGGAUCUACGUCGCAAAUAGAUGAUGCACAAGUUGAAGGGAGCGGCGAUGAUGCGCUUUUUCGAGGGCCAGAGUUGGCAGAAGCAGCUCUCGACAAUUCACAGUAUCCCUUUGGAGUACUGGGUGAUGACGUUGAUAUGAUUGAUAUGUCUUGUCACAUUUCACACCCGACAGAUCCAAUGUUUGACGAGUUACUACUUUCAUUAGGAGUGCCAACUAGCUAG